AGUCCUGAUUUUAGAAAACGUUGUUUCAAGAAAAUCAAACUUUAAUAAUAAAGUUUCACGGAUAAAAAUGACCACAGUGUCUCGUUGAUACGUUUCUAAAAGUUUCUGCGUGUUCAGUGAGAAAAACAAAUAACGGCAUUAACAUGUUUAAACAGUCACAGCUUUUGUUUUCUUUGGUUGGGAAGAACCGAACUGAAGGAUUUUUGUGCUGCUUCUGAUAUUUUUUUAGUUUUUACGAUGAUACCAGAGUAAAUCUUUGUCACAGGCGUUUCAUGUUUUUCACCAGGCCUUUUUAUAAUCCUGUAAAAUCCUGACGCCCUUCAGUUUCCUGUUGUUGACGGUCAGUGAUGACGUCAACAACAGGAACUUUUACAGCCCCACGCUGGGACGUUUCACAGCUCGUUUACUGCCCCUGAUGAUAACGUCCUGACAGAGGCCGAGCGUGUGGGCGUCAACAAGGUCAAAUACCUGAUUUUCAUCGGAGCGUCUUUAAUCGAUUCUCGCCAGAGAAACAGUGUUUAAUCUUUUUCUCUGAAGAUCUGUGAGAAAACAAAUUUCUCUCCAGCUGUAUUUAUUAUACACAAAUAUAAAAAUAGGCAGUUUAAUGUAAAUAACUGGCAAAUUGUUUCUACAGCCAUAAAUUAGAUUUUACACAAAAAAAAUCUUCUUUAUUCAGUUUCUAACGUUGUUGUCCUGAUUCGAGCCGAGGUCAGUUUACCAAUGAAAUGCAAUGUUAUUUUAGGAUAAAUAAACCAGCUCAACUGUAACAACUGCAGUCAGACUGUAAGGCCCCGCCUCUGUCUGAGUCUAUAUACUGUCAAUCAUUUACAGUUAUGAUGGGAAACUGUAUCUAGGUUUUUAUUAACAAGAUGAGGAAGUGUGCUGCAUCACAGAAUAAAAGAAAAGACAGUCAGUCUGUUUCCUGGUCAAGAGUUUGAAGGCAGCUCACAGACGGCAACAGGUACGAAUCUAAUGAAUUUAUAAUUAUAAAUUAAUUACAGCCUUUUAAUCUUGAUGUGGUGAUUCAUUUACUCAGAGUAGGUGUCAGUUUUAGUAUUUUUGAAUUAAAUAAUUUAAUGCAAAAGCUUUAUUUGUUAAAAAUCUGUUUGUCAGGUUGAUUCACAUUUUUAUUAAAUAUAUUAAAUUUAAAAAGAUGUGAGUGAGAAGAAUCCAGAUUUCUGUUUCCUCCCACACCAUUAAUAAUGUUUUGCUACCAUGGCAACAGUAGCAUGUUAAAAUGAAACGUUAGCAUGUAAUGUAGCAUCAGUUAGCAUGAUGCAUAAUCAUAACGUAUAAACAGGAAGUACCAUUGUUUUGAACGUGAUAUCCCGUCCAGUCCUCUGCUGUUGGUUGAGUAGUGAGGAUGUUUGGUCUGUGUGUGUGUGUGUCUGUUCUCAGAGGAGCUGCAGGUGUUUCCAGGUGUGUGUCUGUUCUCAGAGGAGCUGCAGGUGUUUCCAGGUAACCCAGGUCACAAAAGAGCAUCAGGGGGAAAAAGAAGGUGGGGAGAAAGUAAAGGAGAGGCUGAAUGAGCUGCAGCACCAGAAUCAGGGAGAGUUUCAACAUGACACCUUCCGCCUGACUUUGACCCCCUGAUGACCUUUGGGUGGGAUCAGGACUUCCUCCACGAUGACCUACUUAGCCCACACGGCCCACGCUCAGCUCGCCGCCCUUUGGCUGAGCUGCGUGGGCUGGACUCUGACCGCUGUGGCCCUUGGACUCAUCCAGUGGAGGGUUUGGCUGGUGUCGGACAGGGAGGUCAUCAGCUCCGGCGUGGCCUGGGUGGGCGUGUGGAGGGCGUGCUUCAACAGCUUCACGGAGGUGACCCCCGGCUUCAGGGUCAUGCACUGCAGGCACAUCGGCCUGACGGAGGCCUUCACGCCUCCAGAGAUUGUGGCGGGUCAGGUGCUCAUGAUGCUGUCUCUGCUGACGGGGCUUUGUGGGAACGCCGGCGGCGUUUACACCCUGAGGAACGUCUACUUCGGGGUGGAGAAGAGCUCGCCAAUCCGCUUAUCGUUCUUCGCCACCGGAGCCCUGUGCCUGGCGGCCGCCGUGAUGUCCCUCAUCCCUCUCCUGUGGAAUCUGACCUCGGUGGUGACCAAUCAGACCAUCAGGUUCCCCUCGGAUUUCAAGUUGCCCCAGGCGCCUGAUUCGCAACACGUGGGGUGCGGCAUAGGGGUGGGGAUGGUGGGAACGUUCCUGAUGGUUGUCUCUGGGGUGGUUUUCUGUAUGUACAGGUUACCAGAGAGGCCGCAACCCAGGAUCCACCUGGACGGGUCGUUACCUGCAUCAUCUGUGGCCGCCGGCCGGGGAAACGACAACGCGGCUUUUGAGUCUCAGGAACGUCUGUGAUCAGCUCGUCCGGACGUCUGGCUCUGACUUGAAGGAGGAAGAGAGUGAGAGGCUGCAAAACAGAAAGAGACAAAACACAAAGUUGUAUCUGAGUCUCAAUCUGUUUCCAGCAGAGACACACAGCUGCUCGCGCUCCACACACCCAGUUUGAUUUAUUCAUCUCGUCAGACACAGCUGUCGCCUCGACUCAUCUGCUUUUACUCUCGGCGGGAGAUCGAAGUGAAUGAUUCAUCUCUUGACAGCAAACAGACCUGAUGCCGGUUCAUGCUUCAGACUGAGUUCAGCCUGUGGCCCUCUGCAUGCCAGAGGGCCACAGGUCUUUUAUUUUGUGUCACCACUUCCUCUUUAGAUGACCAGUCUGUGUCGCUGCCUAUUUUUUAAAUUUUAUUUAAAUUUUUAAGUUCAUUAAGUAAUUUCAUUUAAAAUAUUUGAGAAUAAUCAACGUUUUUAAAUAGAGGAAUAUUUUUGUUAAUUAAUAUAAAUAAAUAAAAGAAGAAGAAGAAAUAUUUAAAAAGAUCUGUUUCAUAUUCUAUAGGAACUAAUGUUUUUAUGUUGUAUGGGGUGGGGUCUGUUAUUGUGGUUGCACACCAUGAUCAGCAUGUGGAAUGAAGGGAAGAUUUAUAAAGAGUGGAGUUUUCCUUUCUUACCGUCUUUGAGAUA